AUGGAGCCUGUUCCACGAGGGUCUGCGGUGGCCGGGCCUCUUAGCGUUGCCAUCAGCGGACCAUCUGGACUCUUAUGCACACUGCAUGCCUGCAAGUCGUGGUCCCUUCGUGAGCUCAAGCAUGCCAUCCAGGAUGAUCAAGGAAUUUCCUAUCGCCAACAGCGAUUGAUCUAUGGCUUGCGUGAAUUAAGCGAUGCCGAUCUCCUCGGGGAGCUUUGUGCAGACGAGCCGCCAGACGUACCGCUGGAUCUGACGUUAGUCCGCCGCUCUUUGGAGCAGGUGGAGUGGCUCCGCCUCGCAGAGGAGGACUGGAGCGAGCUGCUGAAUCAACCUGGGGAAGUUUGGUCGGAUCGUGAGGUGGUGCUGCGGGCUGUGGCCAGCUCCGUCUGGGCCUUGCAGCAUGCCGCGGAGGAGCUUCGUGCGGAUCGGGCUGUGGUUGAGAAAGCGGUGAAGCAGAACGGCUUGGCCCUGAAGUUUGCUGCGGCUGAGCUGACGGCUGAUGUGGAAGUCGCCUUGGCGGCCGUCUCCCAGUGUGGCCGCGCUUUCCAGUAUUGUUCGGAUCUCCUCCAGGCAGACCGCAAUUUCAUCUUAUCUGCAGUGGGAGCUAACGGACACUCGCUGAAAUAUGUCUCUGAGCAGCUGCAAGAUGAGGAGAUCGUGCGAACAGCCGUGGAUCAGUGUGGAAACACCCUCGGCGACAUCCUCGACAACUCAGCAUCUGGACCAUCUGUAAAGCGUCGGAUCCGGCAUGUGCUUCAGAACAAGGGCGUCCUCGGCUUCGAAGAAGAUUCCACGGCCGCUCUAGAUAAGAUGCAGUCAAUGACGAUCUAUAGCAAAGGCUCUGAUCAGACCUGCUUCUUUGGUCGUGGUGGUUCCGAUGGGCACCUGGGCUUAGUGAAGGUUCUGGGCUGGCAGGCGGCCCAGCUCUGCGAGUUAGCGAAUUUGGGGCUUCCCGUGCCUCCGGGCUUCUGCUUGAAGGCUGGUCCGGAGCCUUGGGAGCUGUGGCCCUGGGCCAAAGCAGCCUUGAAUCAGGUGGAGGCAGCAAUGCAGCAAGAGUUUGCGAAUCCCGAUGCUCCGCUGCUGCUGUCGGUCCGGAAUGCUCAGCAGGAGGUUUCCAGCAUUGGACUUAGCGAUGAAAUCGCUCAGCACCUUGCAGCGCGUCAGAACCCGAACUGCGUCUGGGAUUCCUAUCGCCGCCUCAUCGUGUCCUAUGCCCAGGUUGUCCAUAAUCUUGACAGCGCUCCCUUUGAGCGAGAGCUCGAGAAAGUCACCGAGGCCUUGAAUGCGAGGGAUUGGCUCGGACGGAAACACGAUGUCUGGCAAAUUCCGACCAACGACUUGCAGCAGUUGGUUGAGACCUAUAAGGACAUCUACCAACACCAGACAGGCGACGUGUUUCCGCAAGAUCCGACUGUGCAGCUGCAGAAGGCCAUGGAGGCCGUUCACGGCAAAUCAAUUUCUGACUCGGGGGCUGCCAUCGUACAAGCGAUGGUGUUUGGGAAUUACGACUUCCAUUCAGGAGCUGGCAAGCUCAUGCUACAAAACUCAGAUGGCACGCCCUGCGAUUUUUCGGGCACCUGGCUACCGAAAGCACAGAGGGAGGACAUCUCAGCCCAGAAGCGGCCUGAUCAGCAGUUGACUUUGCAGGCAUCGCAGAAGUGGGCUGAGGCAGAGGGCAUUGCCGAGGGCACUCGCUCGUCUGAGUUCCCUUCUUUGGAAGAGUGCUUGCUGCCGGUUUGCGCUGGCUUGGCUCACUGCAAGGACGUACUGGCCCGUGCAGGCCACGACAUCCAGGCCGUGGAGUUCGUGGUCCAGCAGGGGAGGCUCUGGCUGCUACAACCUUCCACAAACAGUGCCAAGACGCUCCAAGAGGCAGCGUUGCCCAGCGCACCGCCUGUCACCUUGGAGCCGUUGCCGGGAGGACCCGUGGAGGAGGUUGAGCUGACCACAUACACCACUUGGGACGAGGCUGACAUCGCUGGCCCGUCGCCGGAACUGAGUGCUGCCGUGGAGCCUCCGGUGGAGCCUCAACUCGACUUCUGGGGCUUCCCCAAGGACGUGCCAGGUGUACGAAGUUUCAGAACAGGGUGGAAGCCCAGACUUGUACAGAAGGGCAGGGCCACCGAUCAGCCUGCCUGCAGACCUCUUCCAGAGAUGCGGGAGAGUCAGCAAAGCACUGGGCUGGCAUUCGGGUUGGCCUUGCCGCUCUGGCAGACAGCUGUCGCCGGAGGCUUCGCCUGCGUCGCUCAUCGCACAGUGGCCGCAUCUGUGGCCGACCUCAUGGGCUGCCCGACGCGCAAGCCUGCAAUCCAAGAGCUCGCCAGGCAAGCGGUGCCGACAGUUGCCAGGAAUGCCACGAAGUUCUCCGCCGGCUUUCCCUUCGGUGCCAUCUGCUGUUCGCUUUAUGUCAACAUUUUGCAUUUCUCCGCAACAAGCUCAGGGAAGGAGACCUCGGACAAUCUGGACCCAAUGAGCAGGUUCAGCUGCGCCUCUGCUGCCGUGACCCUGGCCACUGUUGCAACAUACCCACUGGCGCUGCCCACCUUCGGCCACGACAAGAGCUUAACUAUCCGUUCAGCGGCGACGGCCUUGCGUGCCCACGGCUGCCGUGCGGUGGCGUCAGCCAACCCCGUGGCAGCAGUUGAGAUGUGA